AUGCUUCUAUCAACUACCAUCCUCACAUUUUGUACCGCACUGGUCUCAGCGGAUCUAGACGGGGAGACCUUGCUUCAACAGUUUUAUGCUCCGAGACGCCUUCUUGGAAACUCAUUUGGUAAUCCUGGUGUCAACGCAACAUACGACUAUGUCAUUGUCGGAGCGGGUCUUGCUGGCUCUCUCACGGCAUCCCGUAUCGCCGACGCGUUGCCGAAUAUGACAGUUGCCGUUGUCGAAGCUGGCUCGUUCUACGAGAUUUCGAAUGGCAACUACAGUCAAAUUCCAUACUACUCCACCAUGUAUACUGGAGGUGACCCAUCAGAUUACCAGCCAUUGGUUGACUGGGGUAUUUUUACAGAACCUAUCCCUGCGGCUAAUGGGAGACGGUUCUUAUACGUACAGGGCAAAGCUCUUGGUGGCAGUUCAGCUCGGAAUCAGUUGAUUUACCACAGAGCAACCAAAGGCUGGUACGCAGCAAUCGCCAACAUUACUGGAGAUCCUGCCUACCUCUGGGAGAACAUGUUUCCCUUUAUGAAGAAAAGCUUUUCCUUUACACCUCCCGACACUCGAUACCGUGCAGAGAACGCGACAGUAAAUUACACGUUAUCUACGUUCGACAAGCCUGGAGGACCCGUUCACCUGAGCUUUCCAAAAUACGCACAGCCAAUAUCAUCAUAUGGUGCGGAAGGUUAUGCCAAGGCAGGAAUUAAAGCAGCAGCAGGGUUUUUAGAUGGAAAUAUGCUAGGAUAUGGGUAUUGGCCCUUCACGCUAAGAGCAGAGGAUAGCACAAGGAGUAGUACGGAAAGUGCCUUCCUUUCUCGUACCACGGCUAGGACAUCGUUGAAGAUUUACCAGUCGUGCAUGGCGCGCAACCUUCUAUUCGACGAGAACAAGCGAGCGGUUGGGAUAAACGUCACCGUCGCGGGAACGAGACCCUUCGUGCUUAAAGCGAGAAAGGAAGUCAUCGUAUCCAGCGGGUUUAUCAACUCCCCACAUUUGCUCAUGGUAUCCGGAAUUGGGCCUCGCGAGACCCUUGAACGAUACGAUAUACCCGUCAUCUCCGAUCUCUCGGGUGUGGGUCAAAACCUCCGCGAUACCCCAGCCAUCGGCGGAGUGGUUCAUACCACUAAUGUGCAGACUUUCCAACAAGCAAGUAAAGCAAGUCACCGCUCUAAACUUGACUUGCUUGGUUCAAACAUAGGCUUUACUUGA